GAAGGAGGCCUGGCGAGUGGGCGGGAUCCCGGCCGCUUGGGAUAUGCAGAUGAGGUGGGCGGGGCCCACAUAAACCUGCGGGUAGCGGCAGACCAAUGCGCCUGGCCUUGGCGAACUCAGUCAGAGGCAGCCAGCAGAACCUGCUUCUCCGAGCGCAGCGGAGCCUGGUCCCGGGCUGUCCCCUGAGCGGGCCAUGCCCCCGCGGGAGCUGAGCGAGGCGGAGUCGUCCCCGCUCCGAGCCCCGACCCCUCCCCCGCGGCGGGGCAGCGCGCCCCCGGAGCUGGGUAUCAAGUGCGUGCUGGUGGGCGACGGCGCGGUGGGUAAGAGCAGCCUCAUCGUCAGCUACACCUGCAAUGGGUACCCCGCGCGCUACCGGCCCACGGCGUUGGACACCUUCUCCGUGCAAGUCCUGGUGGAUGGAGCCCCCGUGCGCAUUGAGCUCUGGGACACGGCGGGACAGGAAGACUUUGACCGCCUUCGCUCCCUCUGCUACCCCGAUACCGACGUCUUCCUGGCCUGCUUCAGUGUGGUGCAGCCCAGUUCCUUCCAAAACAUCACAGAGAAAUGGCUGCCCGAGAUCCGUACUCACAACCCACAGGCGCCCGUGCUGCUGGUGGGCACCCAGGCAGACCUGAGGGAUGAUGUCAAUGUACUGAUUCAGCUGGACCAGGGGGGCCGGGAGGGCCCUGUACCCCAACCCCAGGCUCAGGGUCUGGCCGAGAAGAUCCGAGCCUGCUGCUACCUCGAGUGCUCUGCCUUGACGCAGAAGAACUUGAAGGAGGUGUUUGACUCGGCCAUUCUCAGUGCCAUUGAGCACAAAGCUCGUCUGGAGAAGAAACUGAAUGCCAAAGGUGUGCGCACCCUCUCCCGCUGCCGCUGGAAGAAGUUCUUCUGCUUUGUUUGAACAACUAUGGCAGAGUAGAGAGCAGUAGGCAAAAAGCCACAGACAUCUGGAACCUGGGGUAGGGGGCCUUCGAGGGGGCUACUGGCAGGGCCAGGCCACCCCAUGAGACUCAGUUCCAUUCUGAACACUGGGGACACAGGCCUCUACCUGCCCACUCAUGUGCCACAAUGAGCUUAGGGCCUGGAGGAGGGAGAGCUGACUUAGAUUUCUGUGGUCAAGGCUUACAGAGCAAUCCCAGCACUUUGAUUUUCAUAGUAUGGUCCUAAUAGUGUCACCUCCAAAUAUUUGGGAUCCAAUUCCCAGUCAGUCUGGCUGAAUUAGGAACUCUUGUGGCACAGGGGUGACAAAGAGUCCAGGGAAUAGCUGGGUAUCUUGGAGGGCUGGAAAGUGUCCAGCCUGGUUUGGAGAGAAGUUUUGGAUGGACUGGGUAAGACAAGAGUCAGUGAAAAGUUGAGAGAGAGCAGAAAGUGAGGACUUGGAGCCUUUGGACAGGAGGCAGGCUGGGGAGCAGGAGGCAGAUCACGAAGCUGGGUCUGGAAGGAGGAAGGACAAGGAGAAAGAGAGCAGAGAAGUGGGGCAGCUGAGGAGCAAGGCUGACACCUGGGCUGCCCUCAACCCCCAAGGCCAGGGAGGGCGGUGCUGGUUCCUGGGAAGAACUGGGUCUCACGGCUCCCUAAGCACUGCCCAAACUGGCUGGGCCAGGAGUGGGGCAGGAAGUGAGAGGCAAGGCCCACUGGGAGGAGGGGGAGGAGCUGCAAACUAGAGCCUGAAUGA